GCAUGAUUUAACAGCAUGCAUGUUUGUCAGAAGCGAACUUACUGUUCAGUUCCAUGUGGUUUAUUUUUGCAUUAUGGACGUUUAUUAAAGCCACAUGUUGACUCGUGAGAAUAUAAGUCUGGCGAAAUGAUGGCUGCCUAUGUGCUGUGUCGACGGGUGCCCAGGCUGCGCUGCCUCACGGGCGUUAGGAAUGCCUUCAUCCAGGCUCAGCACGUGCAUAUCAAACAAUGUCAAUCAGAGGAGGCUGAUGAUCUUGAGGGAAAUGAAGGGCCGCAACACCAGGAAUCCUCUCUGCCAGAAGGAUAUAGGCUGCAUUACAACCCUACGUCAUAUCAUCAGCCUGUGUGGAACUCUGCAGACUCCUGGAGCCGUGUGGAUAAUGAGGAGGAUGAACAGUGUCUUCCUGCUCUCACUCCUUCCUUCUGGCAACAGAGCAAUCGCUACAGCGUGAGCUGCUCACGGCAUCUCUCCAGCUCCAAAAACACCCUCCUUGACUUAGCCUUCAACAAAAGCCCUGAACCAAAGAUCCCAUCAGUGUCAUCGCUGCACAGAAAAACCACACCACCAGAUGUUAGAGUGGAUACACGUGCCUUCCUUAGAUGUAGGUCAGCGUAUGCCUCUGUCACCCUUGACCUUACCCAGCGGCCUCUCCCCAUCGAAUGGGAAGAGGCCAUGCUGCUGCUGAAAAAAGUGUCUGUUUUAAAGGGCAGCAUGAAACCAUCUGAUGUAGCUCACAUAUUUACAGAGCUCAGCCGCCUGCAUCCAGACAAGAUGCCAUUAGUUAGGGGCGACUGCCACUUCAUCAUGCUGCUCCGGUAUUCUGUGGAACACCUUCGCCUCUUCUCUGAUCGUGAGCUGCUGGAGUUGCUGCAGGCAUUUGUGUGGAUAGACAUGCCUACCACACACACUGUGCUUAGUCUGUAUGAGGCCGAGCUGAGCCACCGGGCCCACCAGAUGAAUUUACACCAGCUGUUGUUAGCUGCUGAUUUGUGGCGCUGCAUUGGUAAGCAGGUCCCCCAGUUUUUAUCUCACCUGUACGAUUCAGUGCUUCUGAAUCUAGGACAAGUGGGAGUCCCUGAGCUGGUGCAGCUGUUGUAUAUAAUAGGAGAAGGCAGACACUGCCCAACUGACUUGAUCCGUCCUCUAGAGCAGCUUCUAAUGCAGCAUUUACCACAGCUGUACCCAGAGGAGGUUGGGACUGUGUGCUUGGGGCUCUUUAAAUCCCAGACUUCAAUAUCUGAGAGUGCAGUCACUUGUAUUGUUGAUAAAGCUCACUCUUUUGUGAAGGAGAUGGGUGACUUCGCCAUGGUGAAUGUGCUGAAACUCCUGCGUUUCAGUUACCUGUAUCACAGACCAUGGAUGGAGGCCAUGGCACAGGAAGUCCCUAGAAGGGCUCAAAGGAUGGGAAUCCAGGGGCUGAUGCAUGUGGCACUGACCUGUUCAGCUCUGCAUUGUCGCAAUGAUAACAUCCUGAUGGCAAUCGCUGAGAGAGCUCCUUCCCUUGCGCGGUACUGCAGGAUUAAAGACUUGUGCAAACUGCUGUGGGCCUUUGGGACAUUAGGCUUUCAACCAGUGCAGAACCCGAGCUUUUAUCCAAGCCUUACAGAAGCCCUGAGGCAGAGGGAAGCUGAAUUCCAAUGCUACCCACAGCAUCUGCUAACUGGUCUUCUCGGCUUGGUCUUCGUCUCUCAGUUUCCAAAGGACUUAAUUGAACUGGCUUUGAGUUCUGACUUUGUAAAUUUAGCGCUGAAAUCCACACAGUUCGAGCUGAAAAAGGACUUCUUCACUUUAGAUGGAGCUGUGGCUCUGGAGCUGCCUCAGUGGACUGGUCCACGGCUGAGCUGUAAACUGAAAGAGGAGAUUGCAGAAAUGCUGUGGAAGUUUGCUCAGUCAGAUGUUUGCCACAAACCAGAGGUGCUGGAGGCAGAAUCUGCUCUGCAGAAUAUGCUUGGAGGAGAAAUGUACGUACAUAAGAGGAUGAUUCUGCCUCACACUCGCUCUAUUGACUUGGAAGUACAUCUGGACUCUACUGGAAAGCCCAUACCUGUACACCCAGAAUCCCACUCCCCCACGCUAUCCCUCGAGGACAGCUCAUACAAAUGUCCUCCUAAUCAGGGCUGGGGAAAAAAAACUCUAGGAGUUACUUUAACAGAUGAUCUAUUAGCACAGCUAAUUAAUACCACAAAUACCACAGCUCCUACCACCCCAUCUCCCAGAUUAAAGCCUGCGUCUCUUCACAGAGUGGAGUCUGAUGAAGGUGAAAGAUUCUUUAACACGGGGCUGGAAUUGACAGGUGACAUUACUGAAGCACUUACCAAACCCAGUAUUCCCAGCUCAGCAAGUAAGGUAUCUAAUGGCAUCAUCAAACUGGCUAUCCAGGUCCCCAGCAGGAACCACUACUGCUAUCAAUCCCAGCAGCUGUUGGGGCUUCAUGUGAUGAAGAGGAGGCAGUUGAAGUUGGCGGGUUACAGAGUUGUAGACCUCAGCUGUCACGAGUGGUUUCCCAUGCUGAGGAAAAGCAGGGCAGAGAAGCGGGCCUACCUGAACUGCAAAAUCUAUGACAUGACAUGAAAUGUCUCUCAUGAUUUGCUGGACUCUAAAAACCAAAAGAAACAUCUGCAGACUUGGACUAUAAUGCACACAUUCAGACCCUUUGGCCUCUGGAUGACCUCUGCAAAUCACAGAAAAAGCUCUGCUUAGGGGAUGGAAAGACCUCAUUCCAAUUGCUUUCUGUACAUGUCUUUCAAAGAUACUUAUUUAUUUCAUCCAGCAUGUUGCAUUUUUAUGAAAAAUUAAAGACUAUUUAACUAUCCACAUUCUUGGCCAUGUUUUUUAUCUACAUAGAGUAGAUACUGGGUUCAGAUUUUCUCCCUGUUUGUAUUUGAAUUUGAGUCUGACCUAAAGAA